UCGCCGUAAGCGCAAAGACGCGGUGUUGCUUGGAGGUUUUCUUGGUUAGAUGUGCUAGUGAACUAGAAAAACAUGUCUUAUAAUUACGUUGUGACCGCUCACAAACCCACUGGGGUAUGCGCGUGUGCCACAGGAAACUUCACAUCACCGGACGACUUGAACCUCAUUUUGGCGAAAAAUACGAGACUGGAAAUCUACGUUGUCUCACCUGAAGGUCUACGACCGAUCAAAGAAAUAGGAAUUUAUGGACGUAUCAGCAUUAUGAAGCUUUUCCGCCCACCGGGCGAAAAGAAAGACCUACUGUUCUUCUUGACAGCAAAGUACAACGCAGCUAUAUUAGAAUGUGUACAUUACGGUGACAAUGUUGAAAUCAUAACCAAAGCACAUGGAAACAUUGCUGACACCUUCUCGAGACCGUCUGAAACGGGCAACAUUGGCAUCAUCGACCCAGAGUGCAGGGUGAUAGGCCUCCGCCUGUAUGACGGGCUUUUCAAAGUAAUACCAUUAGAUAGAGAAAACAGGGAGUUGAAGGCCUUUAACAUCAGGAUGGAAGAACUUACGGUGCAAGACAUAGAGUUUUUGCACGGUUGCAAAACCCCGACAAUUGUCUUGCUGCACCAGGACACACAGGCACGACAUAUGAAGACCUACGAGAUCUCUUUAAAAGACAAAGAGUUUGUAAAGGGGCCAUGGCAGCAGGACCACGUAGAAAGUGAAGCCGCCAUCAUCAUCGCGGUCCCCGAGCCUUUCUGUGGUGCCAUCAUCAUCGGGCAAGAGUCAAUCACCUAUCACAGUGGCGAUCAGUACGUCGUCAUCACGCCUCAUAUAAUCAGGCAAAGUACGGUGGUGUGCUACGGCAAAGUGGACUCCAACGGCUCUCGCUACCUGCUGGGUGACAUGGCCGGUCGGCUGUUUAUGCUCCUCUUGGAAAGGGAGGACAAAAUGGAUGGAACGGCCACCGUGAAAGACCUGAAACUCGAGUUCCUCGGCGAGAUAACAAUACCGGAAUGCAUGACAUACCUGGACAACGGAGUGGUAUACAUCGGAUCUCGUCUCGGAGACUCUCAGCUGGUCAAACUCAACCUGGAGCCCAACGAACAGGGAUCCUAUGUAGAGGUCAUGGAAGUCUUCACCAAUCUGGGGCCCAUCGUGGACAUGUGUGUCGUCGACUUGGAACGCCAGGGACAGGGACAGCUGGUCACAUGUUCAGGAGGAUACAAGGAAGGGUCGUUGCGCAUCAUUAGGAAUGGCAUUGGCAUUCACGAGCAUGCCAGUAUUGACCUCCCGGGCAUCAAGGGCAUCUGGCCACUGUGUGUCGGAUCGGACGGACCGCACGACAACAUGCUUGUCAUGUCUUUUGUGGGACAAACAAGGGUGUUGAUUCUGAACGGCGAGGAAGUUGAAGAGACCGAGCUUCCUGGGUUUGACACAACACAGCAAACUUUCUAUUGUGGAAACGUGUCGAAUAAGCAGUUGAUUCAGGUGACAGCACUGUCUGUUCGGCUGGUGGACAGCUGGUCGAAGCAGCUGAAAAACGAAUGGAAACCUCCCGGAGGACGCAACAUUAGUGUUGUCGCCAGCAACCAAUGCCAGCUGGUGUGUGCUGUGCGCGAGAAACUAUAUUACCUGGAAAUUGGAGACGGAGAAUUGAGGCAGUCGAGUACGUGCGAAAUGGAGCACGAAGUGGCCUGUCUGGACGUCACUCCCCUCCAGGACGGGGCCACCAAGACGGACCUGUGCGCUGUCGGCCUGUGGACUGACAUAUCUGUCCGUCUGCUUCGGCUUCCCACAUUGGAACAGCUGCACAAAGAAAGUAUUGGAGGAGAAAUUAUUCCUCGGUCCAUUCUGACGACCACGUUUGAAGGCACUGCUUACUUACUCUGUGCUCUAGGAGACGGAUCUCUUUUCUACUUCUCACUCGAUGUCAGCCACGGACAUCUGUCGGACCGCAAGAAGGUAACCCUGGGCACGCAGCCGACCGUGUUAAAGACGUUCAAGUCCCUAUCGACCAGCAACGUGUUUGCCUGUUCGGAUCGUCCAACCGUAAUCUACUCUAGCAACCACAAGCUUGUUUUUUCCAACGUGAAUCUCAAGGAAGUGAAUCACAUGUGCCCCUUAAAUUCGGACGGAUAUCGGGACAGUUUGGCCCUGGCAAAUGACAGCACCUUGUUAAUAGGAACAAUAGAUGAAAUUCAGAAGUUGCACAUCAGAACAGUACCUCUCGGGGAGCUUCCAAGGCGAAUCGCUUAUCAAGAGGCUACACAAACCUUCGGAGUGAUCACGAUACGACAUGACGUGCAUGACAACAACGGACUCACUCCUGUUCGACCAAGUGCCAGCACCCAGGCACAGAACAUCACUUACAGUUCCAGCAUGACAUCUGUUUUUAAGCCUGGCACAGGAAGUACAUCCAGUAUGGACCAGUUGGGGCAGGAAGUUGAAGUACACAACCUUCUCAUCAUUGACCAGCACACGUUUGAAGUACUACACGCCCACCAGUUCAUGCAAGCGGAAUUUGCCAUGAGCGUCGUGUCGACCCGACUGGGAGACGAUCCCAAUGUGUAUUACAUCGUGGGCACUGCCAUGGUGCUGCCAGAUGAAUCUGAUCCGAAGCAGGGACGAAUAAUCAUCUUCCAGUGGGCUGAUGGCAAGCUGCAGCAAAUAGCCGAAAAAGAAAUCAAGGGGGCCCCCUACUCCCUGCUCGAGUUCAACAGCAAACUAUUGGCCAGCGUCAACAGUACGGUGCGGCUAUUCGAGUGGAAUGCAGAGCGGGAACUCCACAACGAAUGCAGCCACUUCAACAACAUCCUCGCUCUCUACCUGAAGACGAAGGGGGACUUCAUUCUGGUCGGGGAUCUCAUGCGCUCCAUGUCACUGCUCGCUUAUAAGCCUCUGGAAGGAAGCUUUGAAGAGAUUGCCAGGGACUACCAGACAAACUGGAUGAGUGCAGUGGAGAUCUUGGAUGACGACACGUUUCUCGGAGCAGAGUCCACUACCAAUCUGUUUGUGUGUCAGAAGGACAGUGCAGCGACAACCGACGAAGAGCGUCAACACCUGCAGGAAGUCGGUCAGUUCCACUUGGGGGAGUUUGUAAACGUGUUCCGGCACGGUUCGCUCGUUAUGCAACAUCCUGGAGAAAACGCUUCCCCUACACAGGGAUCUGUGCUCUUCGGAACAAUUCACGGCGCCAUAGGUCUUGUAGCACAGCUGCCUGCUGACUUCUACAACUUCCUCUAUGAGGUGCAGGCCAAUCUCACCAAAGUGAUCAAAAGUGUGGGGAAAAUAGACCACAUCUUCUGGCGGUCAUUCUCGACGGAACGAAAAACGGAGCAGCCUGUGGGCUUCAUCGAUGGAGACCUCAUUGAGAGCUUCCUGGACUUGAGCAGAGACAAAAUGCAGGAAGUUCUGCAAGGCAUUCAGAUUGAUGAUGGAAGUGGUAUGAAGAAGGAUGCAACAGUGGAUGACCUCAUCAAGAUCAUAGAAGAAGUCAGUCGAAUUCAUUGAACUCUGCUCUUUACAUUUUCAUCUCACCACUCGCUGCCAUUUGGAGUCGAAGGAAGCUCUGCAGUACCAUGCUUGGCUGCAUCUGUGUGGAUUUUUAGUGCAGAGGGUGUCACAAAAAGAAAGUAUUUUUGCCGAGCUGCCGUAGUCAGGCCCCUACGGAGGACAGGCGGUCACAAUGGUAAGAACUGCACUAUCGCCCCAUUGUGAGCUUGGUGCAAGAUUUACUGAGAAAAUGCCACCUCAGCGUUUCAUUCGCUGGCGGAUCGUUUUAUGUUGAAACCGUGAGAUUAUGUUAUGCAUAACAUUAAUGUACAGCACAGCCUUGCGACUAAUGCAGCGGUCAUUCGUCCUGUUGUAAGGCGCUGGCCCGUAGGAAAUAAAAGAGUUUGAGAGGA